AACUCUCCGCUCCGCAUGACCUCCACCCUGCCCUGGGAUGCUGGCCGAGCUCCGCACUCGCGGCUGCCACAGUUUUGCGGGGCAGGAACCCCAACAGCCGGGGCUGCAGCUGCCGCGCGGGUCCCUCGUGCACGCCCGAAGCGGUGCACGGCCACGCCCUUCCUGGGAACGCGCAGGCCGGGCCGGCUAUUAAAGCGCGCGGGCAGCCAGCCGGCCGCAGAGAUGCAGCUUCCCCUCCUGUGCUGCCUGGGCGUCGCGCUCCUCGCCGCCCCGGGGUGGGCGGCGGCCGGGGACGGGGUCGGGGAAGAGGGUCCCGCGUGCGCCGCGCGGGUGGAGCUGGAGCCAGGGCUGGGGCCAGAUGGGCGCUGCGGCGCAGGCCCGGCCGGCGAGUGUGCGCUGCAGGUGCGCCUGCCCUCACUCACCAUCCCGCUCCCCGCGCCGCUCGGCAGGCUCGAGGAGGUGUUGAAAGAGGUGCAGGCCCUCAAGGACGCCAUGGCCAGCCUGCAGAGGUCCUGCCAGGACUGUAGGCUACAGGCCGAUGAGCACCGGGACCCCGCGCCGCCCCCCAGCCCGGGGACCCCAGGGGAGCAGGACAGCGACCUCCGUGCGCAGGACCUGGAAAGCCAGGUGCACAAGCUGUCGUCAGAGCUGAAAGGCGCCCGCGAGGAGAUCGGUGUGCUCCAGAGGCGCCUGGAAAAGCUGAGUCUCGUAAAUAUGAACAACAUCGAGAACUACGUGGACAGCAAGGUGGCCAACCUGACAGUCGUGGUCAACAGUUUGGACGGGAAGUGCUCAUCCCAGUGCUCCAGCCAAGAACAAAUCCAGUCCAGGCCCGUUCAACAUCUGAUCUACAAAGACUGUUCUGACUACUACGUAAUAGGCAGAAGAACCAGCGAGAACUACAGAGUUACACCGGAUCCCAAAAACAGCAGCUUCGAGGUGCCCUGCGACAUGGAGACUCUGGGCGGUGGCUGGACGGUGCUGCAGGCGCGGCUGGACGGCAGCACUAACUUCUCCAGGGGCUGGCGCGACUACAAGACAGGCUUCGGCAACCUGCGCCGCGAGUUCUGGCUGGGAAAUGAUAAGAUCCACCUUCUGACCAAGAGCAAGGAGAUGGUCCUGCGAAUAGACCUGGAGGACUUUGACGGCGUCAAGCUGUACGCCCUGUAUGACCAGUUUUACGUGGCCAACGAGUUUCUCAAGUACCGUUUGCACGUUGGGAACUACAGCGGCACGGCUGGGGACGCCCUGAGGUUCAGCAAACAUUACAACCACGACCUGAAGUUCUUCACCACCCCGGACAGGGACAAUGACCGCUAUCCCUCGGGGAACUGUGGGCGCUACUACAGUUCGGGCUGGUGGUUUGAUGCCUGCCUUUCAGCAAACCUAAAUGGCAAAUACUACCACCAGAAAUACAGAGGGGUUCGUAAUGGGAUUUUCUGGGGAACCUGGCCUGGGAUGAGUGAGGCACAGCCCGGUGGUUACAGGUCCUCCUUCAAAAGGGUCACAAUGAUGAUCAGACCCAGGCACUUCAGGCCGUAACAGCUGGGCUCAUUUCUCCGGGCAUUUCUAUCCUCUAGAAUAGCACAAGUCACGCCUUUAUCACUCCCGCGUAUGCCUUGUUUCGGGUUCCUUUUCCACAGCCUACAUGGUAUCUCAGAGAAUAGGUAUAAAGCUGCAAAUAUGCAUUUUAAAGAUGCCUUUGUUGUUAACCAAUGAAUGCAUGUAAGCAUUAAAAAUAGAUUCUAUUUAUGUCCUUUAAUUCCUAUUAAUUAGAAAUUUUUUUACUUGUAUCAUUUCCUAUUAUAAAAAUCGUUUGUUCGGCGAGAAAAUUCUACACAAAGCAAUCUCCAUUAGGGCUGUGGCUGAACGUGCAAAAUUGAAAAUAUAUCCUCUUUUCAGGCUAGAAAUGUUUAUUUGUAUACUUGUCUCUUAAUACUGCAAUGUUUAUUCCCAGAUAAUCUCACUCUCUCUAUGACAUUUAUUUUGGGCCAGGAAGACCUUACAGUAUAUUGACUUUCAAAGAAAGGGAGGUCAUAUAUAUAAUAAGUAAACCUGCUCAUGGGGUAUUCAUGAAAUUUAAAAUGCGGCAUUGCCCUGCCAUCUUAAUUUGGCUCAUUUUUAAUACUGUAAUAUAGGGUAGCACAAUGUCACCAAAAACAUUCCAAGAAUAACGUAACUUUGGAAAUCUUGGUUUAAAGCACUUCGCUCAUGGCCUAGAUCUUGUCAGAUUUCUGAUGGUAACAACCACUUUAACAUAAAAUUUGUCUUUUAAUUUGAGAUUGCUCAUUACUGUGCUAGACUACUGGUUGCUUCUCUUUCUUAGGAUAGAAAUGGGUGGAGAAAGAAGCAUCUAUUUAUACUUUGAAGGCCAGUUUUAUAUCCAGUGCCUUAGUAUCAUUGAGUGAUACACUUGACAGGAAGCCAAGUUUUCUAGAAUGAAUAGAUAAAAUUAUUUAUUAAAACAUUGAAAUAUAUAGUAGCUCAAAUAUUUUACAUUUCAACUCUAAUGGAUUUCUUACUUUUUUAUCAGAAAUUCAAAGGUAAGUUUUUUAACAAAAGUAACUGAGGCAGGUCUUUUAUAAUUUUCUAAUUCUGAAAUGCUGAGUAUUACAUUGAAAUGAUUAUGAAAACACUUUUAGUUACAUGAGAAGUAUCGCUUCAGAAAGAACAGCAGUAUUAUGUAUAUUUUUAAAGUGCUAUCAAUUUGAAAAUUUAAGUAAUUCAUCGCAUUGUAUGGGAGUCAUAGCAACAAGUUUGCUGUUUAAGUUCUAAUGAUUAUUUCUAAUAACAGUAACAACAUUUGCAAAAUAUAUGUACAGAGAUGGAUCUUUGCUCGUUCUCUGAAAAUGAUUAAGGGGCUGAGCAUGGUAGUGCAUACCCAUAAUCCCAGCACUAAGGAGGCUGAGGCAGGAUGAUCCCUAAGAAUUAGAGGCUACCCUCGGCUGCAUAGUGAAUUCAAGGCCAGCCUGAACUGCAUAGUGAAAAAAAGAAAGUGAUUAAGGAGGACAGUUGUUUUAGGUAACAAGUUAGUUGUUCAAAUAUUAAACCCUUUAGGCAAUCUUAAAAAAAGAAACAAGCAAGAUAGUCUUUCAAAAAUGUUUAACAAGGUUUUCAGGAAAAUAUAAUACAAAAUAAGUUAUUAGAAAUAUCAUUAAAAUAUUAGACUAAGUGCAAAUAGAAUUAAAUGAUGAUCAAAAUAUGAAAUAUGGAUUUCAAGCCUGUGUAUCCACCAGUGGGAUACUAAAUGUAAAUGAUAUAACCAACUUUAUUUGUUUUCUUCUUUGCUUUUAAAUUUCAAAAGACUAUUUUGAUAUUACACAAUGUAUUGUGUCAGAUAAAGGCACUUAUGUACUAAAUGUAAUUACUAAUAUGAGUAUAAGUUUAAGUAAAUGUCAUAAAAAUGUACUUAUCACAAGAUAUAGUUCUAAAGAAACAUGCUCAUAGAAAGGUGCCCACUGAUUUCAGUGGAAACAGGCAGCAUUUCAGGGAAUCUGGCAAAUAGUCAUUAAUCCGUGUGAAUACUCUGUCUUUGCACAUUAUUUCAAAAGAUUAAAAUCUUAUUUUCUAUUAUGUUUUAUGACACUUUCCUAACAAAUUCUUUAACACAGAAAUUUCUUUUUGGAAUAAUUUUCUGUCAUUCAUUGUAAAAUAUAUUCUAGAUUAGGGUAAUUUUUAACAUGUUGACAGUAGGUUGGAUCUGAAAACCCCCUUGCCCUAAUGUACUAUUUACUAAUAAAUAAUAAUGUUCAUAAAUGUGGACUAUUUACAAAUAUACUUUUUAAAGACUCUUGUGGUUUCAAUUGUUUAUAUUUUUAGUUGUCCAUCUUAAUUUAAAACUAUUUCUAAAAGGUCAUUUUGUUCAAAAAGUUGACUGAAACUGAGUAUUAGAAAUCAAAGUAGAAUUGACUCACCUAUCCUUGAGGGGAAAAA